ACAUGAUAUUCUGGUGGUGAUAAUAAUGCAGUUGUCCUUUUUGUCGUCCCCACAGCCCAGUCCGUCUACUUCGAGCCUCAGCUCCAACCAUUCUGCCUCGCCCAACGUCACCAGCUCAGCCCCGUCCAGUGCCAGAGGUUCUCCCCAAAUGGCAGAAAAACACAAGCAUUCCAGAGAAAACGCCUGUUUGUCUCCGAGAGAGAGACCAGUCAGUGCCAUAUUUCCCAACCCCCUGGACCCUGCACAGAGAGCCCCUCCUCAUCAGAUAGGAGACUCCACUUUACCACGCAGUGACCCCAACCUCUCAGCGCCAGACAAAGUGAGACCCACACCCAGUAGCUGGAGCCUAGACAGUGUCAAAACGGGCGCUCCAGCCUUCUAUGACUCUGUGGGCAAACAGCUCUGCCCUCCUGUCCCUCCUAGGCCUCCGUACUCAGCAGGCUCCUCGGCUAAAAACAUGAGGUCGCAGUCGCCCGUCCCCACGUCCCGAUCGCCACAAAAGACCAUGGUGCCACCUUUCACCCCUUCGCCCACCGAGUGCCAGUCCGCCAGCCUGGUCUCCAACUCCCCUGUCCUCUCCGGCAGCUACAGCAGCGGCAUCUCCUCGCUCAGUCGCUGCAGCGUGUCGGAGGCCUCGGGCACGGAGCUGCCCGUAGGGGACCAUCCGCCCCACCCGCUGCCUCCGCCCACCACCUUGCCAAACUCCGUCUCCAGCGGCUCCGAUGAGCCUAUCCGCAGGGAGAACAAGACCCCGCCUCCUUACAGCGUGUACGAGAGGAACAACCCGCGCAGACCUGUGCCACUGCCCCACAGCCUCUCCAUCCCCCCGCAGAUUGACCCCCCCGCGCUGCCGCCCAAGCCUCACCAGCUCCGCACGGGCAGCAUGAAGCUGGAAGGAACCUCGGACCCCCGGGUCCCAAGACCAAGGCCUCUGCCCAGGAAGGUGUCCCAGCUAUAGAUGCUGGAUAAGGCUCCAGGUCUGAGGGGGUUUGUGGAAGGAGGCGAAAGAAACAACACUGGCGUAAUUUGCACUUUUCUACUGGGCACACUUGUUU